UUCAGACCAGGAAGUAAUAUCAUACCUGCGGUUGCCAUGUUAGAGGGAAUUGUCCACAGUUGUGAAGAAGUCGUUUGACCAUGGACCCUGAAUACAGCCUCCAGGAUGUGGUACGGUGUCAUCUCUGUGAGACCCCGGUCCCCCCUCUACACUGUGUCAUUUGUAACAUACAUCUGUGUAAAGACUGUGAGGGGAAACAUCUCUCUGAUAAAUCCAAACAACACAAAGUGGUGCCAUUCAAAUAUCGGGGAUCUUUUCCUAAAUGUCAAAAACAUCAUACAAAAAUAUGUGACCAUUUCUGUGCUCAAUGCAACAAAACUAUUUGUGAACUCUGUGUUUUCUCUAACGAACAUCAAACUCAUGAUGUUGAAGAUUUAUUGGAAAUUUUAAAACGCAAACUUAUUUUAUUACAGAAAGAAUUACUAGAUUUUGAAAAAUUCAUUUAUCCUAAAUAUCUUGAGAUUGCAUCUAGCAUAUCAGUACAAAAAUCUGAUCUGAAAGAAAACUCAAAGAAAUUGACAACAGCAAUCAACAAACAUGGUCAAGACUUGCACCGAGAAAUAGACUCUAUUACACAAAAACUAAAAUCUGAUCUUGAUAAAAUAGACUCCAAAUACCUGGCCGUCUUAAAAAAACAGGAAGAUGAAAUCACACGCACCAUUUCUGAAAUCACACAGACCAUUGCUGAUCUGAAGAAGUUACUGUACUCUAAAGAUGUCAGCCGUGUCUCUGCCUACAAAUCCAGGAAUGCUGAAUUCAGAAGAUUGCCUCCUAAACUCACAGUUUGCUUACCAAGUUUUACCUCUCAGAAGAUCGACAAAAAACGGUUUUGCCAACAGUUUGGUUCUCUGUCAGCGUCAUCUAUCAAAACAGAAGAAGAUGGCUUUACAAUAGCUCCCCCAUCGGACAGACCGCUCAUUGAUAUGCCAUGUAUCAUCUCAGAGAUAAGAACCAAGUAUAGAAGCUUUAUUGGAUCACUCAGCAUGUCCAGUUUGAAUGAUAAAGACAUCUGGAUAAGUAGUCAUAAUGAAAACACGAUCAAACUCUACAACCUGCAAGGAAAACUAAGAGAGUCAGUCCGAACCAAGUCAGGGAACAUUCCACGGGGCAUAGCAGUGACAAGGAGUGGGGAUCUAGUUUAUACAGAUGACAGUGAUAACACUGUGAAUAUAGUGAAGAAUACACAGACAGAGACAGUGAUCAGACUACGGGGGUGGAAACCUCUCAGUGUCUGUAGUACCUCCUUUGGUGACCUCCUGGUUGUCAUGGACAGUGACGAUUAUAAACAAUCAAAAGUUGUGCGUUACUGUGGCUCCACAGAGAAACAAAGUAUUCAGUACGAUGACAAAGGACUACCUCUAUAUUCAACUAAUGGAUUAUUUUACACGAAACACAUCAGUGAGAACAGGAACUUAGAUAUAUGUGUGUCAGACGUCCGUUCAGUAGUGGUGGUCGAUCAGGCAGGGAAACUCAGGUUUACCUACACUGGUCCUCCCUCUGCUAACAAAGGAUUAUUCUAUCCAUACAGCAUCACAACAGACAGCCAGGGUCAGAUCUUGACAGCAGACAGUAACAACCACUGUAUCCACGUCCUGGAUCAGGACGGACAGUUCCUCCGCUUCAUUGACAACUGCAAUUUACAGAAUCCACGAGGUUUAUGCGUUGACACCAGAGACAACCUCUUUGUGGCUGAGUACCUCAGUAAUAAAGUGAAGAAAAUACAAUAUUAUGUGUAA